AUGCCCUUCAUUACAACCCUCGAAAACUACGCUCCCUCCCCUGCCUUCUCCUCCUCUGGCUACUCCUCCACCUCCGUCGCCCUCCCCUUCAUCAACAGCCGCACCCAAAACCGCGACCCUGGCCGUACCUACAGCGCCCGCUACAGAACCUACGACAACAGAUACAUCAACGGGAUCAACAACCUCUGUUCUCCAUCAUUCACAAGACCCCAGCCCUUGCAUGUCUUCGGUCCACCUCUUUCGCCUGGUGCUAGCCAGCAGUAUAGGCUGGAGCACGGAGACGAGGACGAAGAAUGGCGGGAAACUGUUCUGAUUGACGAGAUUACUUACGAUGACGACGAUGAUGAUGAUGAUGAGAAUCCACCCUCGGAGCCUACCGAAUACACUGAUAGUUUCAUCUUUGUCGACAACGACCUCCACGACCCCAGACAUCCCUGGUACGACCGCGUCUACCGCAUCUCCCGCCCCGCCAGCCCCGCUGCCUCUUCCCAGUAUGAAGAGCCAAUAGAAGGUUAUGGCAAUAGUGAAGGUGAUGGCCACAACGACAACGACACCGAACCCGACAUUUACUACGACGCCGAAACCGGCCUUGACUACGACCACGGCGAUGACGAUGACGAGGACAUGCCAACUGUCGAGCACAUUGAGGAUGUUUCAACCGUCCCAUAUUACCAAUUGAAUUAG